UUUUAUUUUUCAAAGUGCAAUAAUAUAUUUUCCCAACAGGUGGCAAUAACAACUUUUUACAAAAAAAUAAAAAAAUAAAAAAUUCUAUCAGAGAGCCGGACAUUCCUCUGCCUCAUGAUUGGAUAGCCGCGUUCGGGGCGUUCUGCAUUCCGAACCCCGUGAUUGGACGGGACUGAGAUUCCCUCCCCCUUCCCCGCCCCCAUUCCUCACACGCGGAUGUUAGAGUCGUGGCGGGAAAUUAACGCAUGGCGACAAAAGCUAAUCUUACUGGCGGGUUAUUUUUUAUUUGUGUACGGAUUUGCAAAUCGUGACAUAAAAAUUAAUUAUACAUAUAUAGAAAAAAACUGUAAAUCAAAUUACAAAGAUAUUACAAGCGCCCGGAGAAGAAGUUUCGAGGAGAGAAGACGGGAGAUCGCUUCUGUGAUCCGACUCUACCGUGAUUUGCAACCGACCCAGACGCUUCUAUUCUAGUUUCGUUUGUUUCCUUGACAAUGGCCGAUCGUGCGGAAAACCAGCCUAAUCCCAAAACUCCCACAGAAAACGGGACAGAGACACCGGAGCGCAUUUCAUUCAGCGCCAAGCCCACGCUGGAAGACAUUCGUCGGCUUCAAGCUGAGUUCACGGAUGAGCGAAACUGGAACCAGUAUCACCAGCCAAGGAAUCUGUUACUGGCUUUAGUGGGAGAAGUGGGGGAGGUGUCGGAGCUGUUCCAAUGGAAAGGCGAGGUGGCAGAGGGGCUCCCUGACUGGUCGGAGCAGGAGCGCGUGGCUCUGAGUCACGAGCUGAGUGAUGUUCUGAUCUAUCUCGUGGAGCUGGCUGAGAAGUGCCACGUGGACUUACCCCAGGCCGUGCUGGAGAAAAUGCAGCUGAACCGGGUCAAGUACCCGGCCAGCAAGGUCCACGGGUCAGCCAAGAAAUACACAGAGUACCAGGACUGAGCCG